AUGCGCAACGACGACUGCCCAAGAGAGAUCAUGGCCGAGAUUAUCGGCAAGCUGAGAUUCAACGCCCGCUGCGCGCGAUAUGGGAGAAGUACUACGAGGAGGAACCUGGAUGGCCUGGUGUGCGGGGGUGAGAGGGGGAGAGGAUGGAUGGGGGGAGGGAAAGUGGAGAGCGAGGAUGGAGAGGAGGGGGAUCGAGGAGAAGGAAGAGGUGUGCUGAAUGGCCGGAUCUCAGAAGGAGGCCAGAUGAGCGGGAAGAGGAGGGAUGAGGGGGGCGAGUGGGAUAGGUUGAUGGCGUGUGGAUUGGAGAGCGAGGGUGGCAUGGGGAAGGAGGGAAGAGCUGAGCUGAUGGGGGGUAGAGAGGGGGUAGAGUGUGGGGGGAGGGAGGCGGGGGGAUCAGGGCUGCGCACGAUAUGGGAGAAGAACUACGAGGAGGCGCCGACAGAUUCGACGAUGCUAGAGGGGCGCUCGGUGGGUGCCCGCCUGCUCUGCUGGGGAGUUGCUGGCCUCACCCCACUCUGUCUCCCCCUUGCCUCAUCCCCGUGCGUCUCCCGUGUAUCCCCAUUCCUCCCCUCCAGAGAAGGUGCUGCGAUGGCGAUUUCUGAGUCGACGGAAAAGCAGUCCCAACUGCAAGUGCCGCUGAGCUUCUCCGCUGCAUGCGCAGCGGUUGCAGAGGAGGCGGAGGAGGAGGCGAAGGAUCCGCGGACUGACUGCGACCAAACGAGCACUGGCAGCGUCGCCGACGAGACGUCAUGCAGCAACGGGACGAGUUCUGUCAGCUGUUCCGUCAGCAACGACACGAUUUAUGGAAAGGACGUGAGGCUGCACAGUGAUGGCGGCAGGUGGUUGGUGGCGGAGGUUGCAGUGGGAUCAGGUGGUGCCACUGCUGAUGCUCUCAACACACUGCACGUCGCCCUGCUGCUGCUGCUGCUGCUGCUGCUGCACUCGCAGCUCUUGUCACUGCUGUUGCCGCUGCUGAGAGUGGUUCUGCCCUGGCGCAUUCUCAAUGUAGACAGCACAGGAGCGCGUGUGAAGGUGGGUGGUGUGGAGGGGAAGGCAUGGAAUGCACGUGGUGGUGCUCUAACCCACCAGAAGCCCACAGCAAGCAGCGUGAGGCAGCAGCAGGAGAGAGAGCACACUGUGAAGUGCAGAGGGAGGAGCAAUGCUGGCAGCACCACCAAGGCAGCAGCAAGACCUGUUUUGAGGUCUUGA